AUAUUCGGAGCACCCAUUCUCCAACCAACGGCCCGUUAUUAUCAUCAAAGUAUCACACUGAAAUAAACCCCGAUUUGGCGGGAGUAAGAGAUUCGCCGCCAAACUUAGGAGGGAAACUAGCCAGCUAGGGUUUCAAAUUGAUGGCGAAUUUGCACAUAAUUACAGCCAGCUGAUCUGAAAUUAUCUGCUGCAAAUGCUAACUGGAAGAGAAAGUUUAAGCAGAUUGAUCGGCAAGCGCCGCCGUUUUCUUCCCAACCUUCAAUCUAUUCUCUCUUCGCCUAUCCGGAGCUCUUUGAAUCUAUUGUCUGAUGAAAAUGGACGUUUGACUGAAACUGAAUCUUCCAAAGGCAAAGUUGAAAUAUCCAGUUCUGAUUUGGUAACUUGCCCUGUUUGUGGGAGCAAAGUUCGUGGUGAAGAUUACACUAUCAAUUCUCAUCUGGAUAGAUGUCUUUCUAGAAGAACCAAGCGGAAGCUGACACAGCGGACACUUCUUGAAUUAAACUUUGGUUGUUCUCAAUCAAAGCUUCAAAUUUCCUCGGAUGAAUCAGAACAGCUGCUGAGUAGUGACCUUAGUAAGAAUUGUUCUGACUAUGAAGAGAAUGUCACUCGUUGCUUCUCGAAGAUUGAUCCAAGAGAAGAAAAAAGCCAUGAUCAGCGCAGACAAUUGCCGCAUACUGAGAGUGUUAAACAAAUUGAUGUGGCUGGUUCAGCAGAAAAUCCGAUCAGUGAUGGAAGGGCAAACACCAUGGUUGACUUUUCUGCAUUGUCCACUGAUAAUGAGGAGUCCAGAAAUCAUAUAGAUGUAACUGUGGACAGCAUAUCUGGGAUGGCUAUUGAUACUUAUAUUGUCGGUCGUAAGUUUAGUGAUGAAAAAGAGGUGAAUCUAGGGGCAAACAUAUCUCUUCUGAGAGACCCUGAUAAUAUUAAGGAUUCAAAUGCUAUCAAGGUUCUUUCUGCAAGUUCUGCAUGCUGUAAGGUGCUUGGUUAUCUCCCUCUAGAGUUAGCUCAGUAUUUAUCUCCUCUGAUUGAAAAGUACUGCUUGAGCUUUGAGGGAUAUGUGAUAUCUGUUCCUAAACGUUCUCUUGAUGCUGUUCAAAUUCAGAUUGUGUGUCAGAACAGUAUAUUUAAUGGUAAAAAAGGAUAUGAUGAAUUUGAGGCUUUACAUUUGUGGCAAAAAGCUCUUCAAGUAGUUGAAUUUGCAAAGAACCGCCCACCUAAUACGACAAAAUAUCAGCAAAAUUUUUGUCUGUUACUAAAGGAGGUUCUAACUAGUAGCCCUCACCUUUUCACAAAAGAUAAGAAGAAAUUCAUCGAAUCAUUCACUUCAUUAUCAGAGGAUAGUCAGAGGCUUUUUGUUCGACUUUAUACACGGAAAGGACCUUGGUUUCGAUUGUCUACCAUUAUGUACCCUGAAAUAUGUAAUCCUCAACAAGCUGUCAAGGAGCUGUCUGCAACUGGCUAUCUGUAUCUCUUUGAAGAUACAACUAAACUACAUGAUGAUGAAAUGAAGGACCUUUUGAGUCUGCUCACUGUUUCUGAGCUUCGUGACAUUUUAUGUACACUAAGAAAGAAAUGUAAUCAAGGUUCAAGAAAGCAAAAUCUUAUUGCAUCUCUUCUUUCCUGCUAUAAAGGUGGAUCAUGCCCUGUUCUACAACGGUUAAUUUUGGAGAGAACUGAGAUUUGUAUUAGGACAUCUCCAGAAGCUGAAUCCCUUUUUUGGCGUGCUGAGAGGCUUUUCUUCCUAAAUGGAGAACAGGAUCUGUCGGCAUUCCUACUGGUGGAUCUCGGGAUUGUCAAGUAUCCUACUUACAACUGCAUAAUUUUAGAACAGAUUUUCUCGAAUGAAAGUGACUUACUUGCAUAUGAAGAGGCCAUUGAAGUGGCUCAAGUAAUUGAUCAGUCUCUUGAUGAAAACAACUUUGAGUUGGUUUUAAGAUGCAUCAUGAUAGCUGAUUCCCGUAUAUCCUGCUGUCCCGAGAAAUUGAUUGAUUCCACAAGCCCUGAUUUAAUGGCUAUAUUUCGGUCAUGCUUCUCAGCAUCAUGGGUGUAUUCUAAAGUAAUCUUGCUUGGAAUUUCCUUCCUUGAGUGUGAGCGUAGGUACAAGGAUGCGAUACAUUUACUAAGGCGAUUGCUUGAUUGCUUCACCUGUGAUACAAGAAGGGGAUAUUGGACCGUAAGAUUAUCUGUUGAUUUGGAGCACAUUGGCUGCCCCAAUGAGAGUCUUUCAGUCGCUGAGGCUGGAUUAUUAGAUCCUUGGGUUCGUGCCGGUUCAAGAAUGGCACUACAAAGGCGAGUUCUUCGCUUGGCAAAACCACCUAGGCGCUGGAAAACUCCAAGCUUUUCAGUAACUCUUAAGAGGAAGAUAAUAGAGGUUCAUAUUCAAGGGAGACCAUUGAACUGUGAAGCUGGUAGAAAAAGCCGGUUCUAUGGGGAAGAUGGGGAGCAAUGUGGAGUAGAACAGUUAGCUCUACAGUAUUAUGCAAGAGAAGGUGGAUGGCAGGGUGUCCAUACAGAGAGUGGUAUAUGGAUGACUAUCUUUGGGCUUCUCAUGUGGGAUGUUUUACUUUCAGAUGUACCAAAUGUUUUCCGCACCAGAUUCCAGACUGCUCCAUUGGAUAUGGAGACUGAUCAUUUUUAUCUGGCAAGAAAGAGCCUUAUCGAGCCCCAACUACAAAAAAUCCACGAUGGUUUGGCUGAAGAGAUUCUCAUAACAUCAUGGGAAUUGCAUAUGGGAACAGCUUGUAGAGGAGUUAAUUGGGACCAACACUCCCUUUCCGACCUUCGAGCAGCUGUUUCAUGUAUCAGAGGUCCUUGUUUGGCCUCUCUAUGUAGACAUCUCGCUCAGGAUUACGGUAGUUGGUCGAGUGGAAUGCCCGAUUUGUUGCUCUGGCGGUUCCAUGGGGAUUACAAAGGUGAAGCCAAACUCGUCGAGGUUAAGGGCCCUAGAGAUCAACUCUCCGAACAACAAAGAGCAUGGCUUCUACUUCUAAUGGAUUGUGGAUUCAACGCGGAGGUUUGUAAAGUGAGCACUACAGGAACAUCCCCUUGAGGUUAGUUACCCUACUAAAAACCUGUAUUACUUGGACGUAUUUGAAAGUGUUGUUUAGUUAUGUAUACCAUGUGAGUAUAUUCAAUUAUUUCAAGUCUUUGUUUUACAUGUAUUUGGACUGUCAAAUUCUUAUACUUGUAUCUAAAUAUGCAAUACAUGUAAUUAAGCAGCAUUGUUAAAA